GGGGAAAAAAAACCUCCAGCUAAGAGAGCGUUGUGUGACGUUAAAUUGUUCAUUUAAUCCUCUCAUCUGCCCACAUUCAUUGCCAAUUGCCUCCCUUUUCUUUUUUUUCUUUCUUUUUUUUUCCCCUUGAGAGCUGAGCCUUUAAAUUCCCCUGCUUCUCUUCCCUCCCCCCUACCCCUCCUUCCCAUAACACCAUUUCUUCCAACCUUAAACCAAACUACGUUUCAUCUUUCUUCUCAACUCCUCGAAGAAAAGCAAGGGUUAAUUCUUGAGGAAAAAAAAGUCAAACACGAAAAGAAAACCAUUAGGAAAAAAAAUGCCACAAAUAUUGCCAGAUUUCUCAAGCUCAGUGAAGCUCAAAUAUGUGAAACUUGGGUACCAAUACCUUGUUAACCACAUUUUGACAUUCAUUCUCGUGCCCAUCAUGGCAGCAAUUGCGCUAGAGCUUCUAAGAUUAGGCCCUGAAGAAAUCCUCAACAUCUGGAGAUCAAUCCACUUUGACUUCGUCCAAGUCCUCUGUUCCUCAUUCCUUGUUAUCUUCAUCGCAACUGUCUACUUCAUGUCCAAACCUCGUUCUGUUUACUUAGUCGAUUACGCUUGCUACAAGCCCCCUGUCACUUGCCGGGUUCCGUUCUCAACUUUCAUGGAGCAUUCCAGGCUGAUUCUCAAAGACAGCCCCAAAGCCGUGGAGUUCCAAAUGCGGAUUCUUGAAAGAUCAGGUUUGGGUGAAGAAACUUGCUUGCCCCCUGCUAUUCAUUACAUCCCUCCAAAUCCCACCAUGGAAGAUGCCAGAGCUGAAGCAGAGACUGUAAUCUUCUCCUCCAUUGAUUCAUUGUUGAAGAGAACAGGGCUCAAGCCGAAAGACAUCGAUAUUUUGAUAGUGAAUUGCAGCUUGUUUUCUCCUACACCAUCUCUAUCAGCCAUGGUGAUUAACAAGUACAAGAUGAGGAGCAACAUCAAAAGCUUCAAUCUUUCUGGGAUGGGUUGCUCUGCUGGCCUAAUUUCCAUUGAUUUAGCAAGGGACCUUCUUCAAGUCUAUCCCAAUUCUUAUGCUCUGGUUGUAAGCACAGAAAUCAUCACCCCAAAUUACUACAAGGGUAAUGAAAGAGCCAUGCUUCUUCCCAAUUGCUUGUUCAGAAUGGGUGCUGCAGCCAUUUUGCUGUCAAACAAGAGAAGGGAAAAAAGCAGAGCAAAGUACAAAUUGGUCCAUGUUGUGAGGACUCAUAAGGGAGCUGAUGAUAAGGCUUACAAGUGUGUGUAUGAACAGGAAGACCCACAAGGAAAAGUUGGGAUUAAUCUAUCCAAAGACCUCAUGGUGAUUGCAGGGGAAGCUUUGAAGUCAAACAUCACAACCAUAGGUCCUCUGGUUCUUCCAGCUUCAGAGCAACUUCUGUUCCUGUUCACACUGAUUGGGAGGAAGAUCUUCAAUCCCAAAUGGAAACCAUACAUUCCAGACUUCAAACAAGCCUUUGAGCAUUUCUGCAUCCAUGCUGGUGGAAGGGCAGUGAUUGAUGAGCUUCAGAAGAAUCUCCAGCUCUCAGCAGAGCAUGUUGAGGCAUCAAGAAUGACACUCCACAGGUUUGGAAACACUUCAUCAUCUUCACUCUGGUAUGAAUUGAGCUACAUUGAAUCCAAAGGGAGGAUGAAGAGAGGGGAUAGAGUUUGGCAGAUUGCAUUUGGGAGUGGAUUCAAAUGCAACAGUGCUGUAUGGAAGUGCAACAGGACAAUCAAGACUCCUGUGGAAGGCCCAUGGGAAGACAGCAUUGAUAGGUACCCUGUGCAUAUUCCAGAUGUUGUGAAGCUCUAAAAAUACCUCCUCCCCACAUAAAUUCCAAAACCUUCUCUCUGUUGUUGAUGUUGUUAAUUAAUUUUUUUUUAAGUCAGCCAUAAAUAUUUCCCACUUAUUUCUCGAUUUUCUAAACCUUUUUUUUUCCUCUCUUACCCCUUCUUUCUAGUACAUUUUCCUGCACCAAAAACAAGUGCCCUGCAGAAAAAUCCUGCAUUUAGGUUACUACUUCAUAGGGUGUCAUGAGAAUUUUUAUUACAUCUGUAUCAAGAUUAAAAAGAAAGCUGUGUAAUUUUUCUUUGAUUUUCCUCAGAAGAUACCAUCAUUUAAUAUCGUGUACCAUGUGAGAGACCUUCUUUUCUUAUAAACGAAUGAACAUACAACAGUAACUGUUACUAUUUGCAUCGAUCCGUGUAUUUCUAGUAAUAUGUACCAUUCGAUUUGUUUACAUUUUUUUCAGUAACCGCGCGAGUCUAUGAUUUUUCUUAGUAUGUGGUGUUUCUAGUAAUCGCUCUUAUAUACUGUUGUAAACCGGUGUUUGUAGCAACAUAAUAGUAGUAAUCGCUCUAAUAUACUGUUCAGACACGGUAAGAACUAAGACGUUCCCACGAAAAAUGUGAUUUUUUAGAAGCCGUAGAAAGUCCUCCCCCAAAACACUAUUCUAUGAACACAUUUACUAUAGUUUUCCAUUGACUAUAAAUGAAAAGGGGAAGGGGGGGCUUAGCUGGUAUUAGCAGGCUUGGUAGUUUUGAGAAUUAAAGAGCUGUGAAGUAUUGGUACUACCCAUAUUCAAACCUAGCUGAUUCACAAAUUGGUGUCCACACAAGUCCCUUUGAAAUGUAGUAUAUGCGUG